AUGAGAGUAUUCAGCCUCCGUGCGUGGUUUGCAACCGCCUACUACCUCGCUGCGGUAUGGGCAUUGACCAUCACACAAGACACGGUGAGCGUUUCUCCCAUCAGUUUACUGAUCGGAUCGCUCACAAUCAACCCAGGCGUCUACUACUCCAUCGUAAACAACGCCGCCACCGUAAUUGCGGGAAACUUGAAUAACCAGGGUGGUUUCUAUGUCACCUCCGCAAACGGUUUGGCUGCGUCCGUCUCCAUCGUGCUGGGUCUGAUCAGAAACAGCGGAGACCUCGCCUUCAACUCCUUGAGAUCCAGUAUCGUGAGUACCUACAACUUGAACUCCAUCUCCACCUUCUCCAACACCGGAGACAUGUGGCUUGGUAUCAGCGGGUACUCGUUGCUUUCUCCCAUCACCCUUGGCUCGGCCACACUGUGGCUGAACUCGGGUAAAAUCUACCUUAGUCAGAGCUCCGGCACCUCCUCCACGGUGACCAUCUCCCAGACGCUUGGCUCCAUCACCAACGACGGUACCAUCUGUCUUGAGCGUUUGAGCUGGCUGCAAACCACCAGUAUCAGCGGUUCCGGAUGUAUCAACGUCAUGGACGAUGCGCUGCUUCUGCUUCUCAUCAGCCCCUGGAACGUCGCCAGUGCCCAGACCAUCUACCUUUCGUCCGACACGUCGCAAUUGUCGGUGCUUGGUUUGUCGCAGAGUAUCACCGGUACCAAGACGUACAAUGUGGUGGGUUUUGGUGACGGCAACAGUCUCCGUGUCAGCACCGGUUUCACCUCGUACAGCUACUCGGGCAGCACCUUGACGCUUUCCUUCUUUUUGGGUAUCUUCAAGAUCGCCUUCAACAUUGGUACUGGCUACUCGUCCUCGGGAUUCUCCACCAACGGUCUUCUCGGCGCUGGUACCCGAAUCUCCUACUCUGGCGCCUACCCCGGCACGGUUCCGCAGAUCUGUUACUGUGAGGAUUUCCCUGAGCCCACCACGACGGAAUUGCCUUCGUCGUCCACCGCUCCCAGCUCCUCCAGUUCUUCCACUGUGAUAAGCUCUAGCUCUAGUGCCUCCAGCUCGGCUCCUGCUUCUAGUUCGACUCCUGCUUCUAGCUCCAGCUCUAGCUCAAUUCCAGCUAGUUCCAGCUCCAGCUCAAUUGCUGCUUCCAGUUCCAGUUCCAGCUCGGUUGCUGACACAGAAUCCACAUCUUCUAGUGCGACUGCUUCCAGCCCCAGUGCUUCUAGUACUGCUGCAUCAAGUACCGCGCCAGAAAGCUCAGCUACUACCCCAGACUUUUCUGAGUUUUCCUCCACAUGGACCACUACUGCUUCUGACGGCAGCGUUUCCACUGAAUCUGGAAUUGUGGUCGUGACGACCGACUCGGACGGCGCCUGGACCACCUCCACCUCCGUUUCCCCUGAUCCUUACACCAGCUUCACCUCCACCUGGACCACCACCGAUGCCAACGGCAACACCGUCACAGAAAGCGGCGUUGUUGUGGUCACCACCGACUCCGACGGCGCCUUGACCACGUCGACCUCCGAGUUUCCCUACGAGGGUCCCACCGAGUACACCUCCACGUGGACAACCACCGAUUCUGAUGGUAAUCCAGUUACUGAAUCCGGUGUUGUCAUCGUUACUACUGAUGCAGACGGCAGCUUGACGACCACCACGUCUGAGUUUGGCAGACCCACGGAGUUCACGUCCACGUGGACCACGACGGACGCCGACGGAAACCCCGAGACCGAGUCCGGUGUUGUGAUUGUCACUACCGACUCUGAUGGAUCCUUGACUACCACCACCUCCGUGUUCCCACCUCCAUAUACCACGUUCACCACUACUUUCACUACUACUGAUGCAAGUGGAAACCCGGAGACUGAGAGCGGUGUUGUAAUCGUGACUACUGGUUCCGAUGGUGCAUUGACUACGACUACUUCAGUCAUUCCACCACCUUACACAACCUUCACGACUACGUUCACUACCACCGAUGCAAGUGGAAACCCGGAGACUGAGAGCGGUGUUGUAAUCGUGACUACUGGUUCCGAUGGUGCAUUGACUACGACCACUUCUGUGAUCCCACCACCUUACACAACCUUCACGACUACGUUCACCACUACCGAUGCAAGUGGAAACCCGGAGACUGAGUCGGGCGUUGUGAUUGUCACUACGGAUUCUGACGGAUCCUUGACGACAACUACGUCAGUGAUUCCUCCUCCCUACACAACCUACACCACCACCUUCACCACUACCGAUGCUAGCGGUAACCCCGAGACCGAAUCGGGUGUGGUCGUUGUUACGACCGGCUCCGACGGCGCUUUGACCACCACCACGUCGGUCAUUCCUCCCCCAUACACCACAUACACAAGCACCUGGACCACCACGAACGCUGAUGGCGACAGUGAGACUGACUCUGGAGUAGUGAUUGUGACUAGUGACGAGAACGGGUCUCUCACUACCACAACGUCCACCAUUCCUCAGCCAUACACCACUUUCACCACCACGUUUACUACAACAGAUGCCAGUGGAAACCCCGAGACCGAGAGUGGUGUGGUGGUUGUGACGACUGACGAGAACGGUUCGUUGACUACCAGCACCUCGUUGAUUCCUCAGCCUUUCACCACCUUUACCACCACAUUCACUACCACUGAUGCGGACGGUAAUCCAGAGACUGAGUCGGGCGUUGUAGUAGUGACUACUGGUACUGACGGUGCAUUGACCACCACUACUUCGGUGAUUCCUCCUCCCUACACCACGUUCACUACCACCUUCACCACCACUGACGCUAGUGGCAAUCCAGAGACCGAGUCGGGUGUUGUGGUUGUUACCACGGAUGAAAACGGAUCUUUGACGACCACCACGUCAAUUAUCCCUCCACCAUACACCACCUUCACUACAACCUUCACGACAACCGAUGCCAGCGGAAACCCAGAAACUGAGUCGGGUGUCGUCAUCGUUACUACAGGUACGGAUGGUGAGUUGACAACCACUACUUCGGUCAUUCCACCACCAUACACUACUUUCACCACCACUUUUACCACUACGGAUGCCGAAGGUAACCCAGAGACCGAAAGCGGUGUUGUGAUUGUGACCACAGAUGAGAACGGAUCCUUGACUACUACUACUUCAGUGAUCCCUCCACCAUACACUACUUUCACCACUACUUUUACCACCACUGACGCCAGCGGUAACCCUGAAACUGAAUCGGGUGUCGUCAUCGUUACUACAGGUACUGAUGGUGCCUUGACUACAACGACUUCCACUGAGAGUGGUGUGGUUGUUGUAACUACGGAUGAGAACGGAUCGUUGACGACAACCACCUCUGUUAUCCCACCACCAUACACCACUUAUACGACCACCUUUACUACGUCGGACGCCAGUGGAAACCCAGAGACCGAAUCUGGCGUGGUGAUCGUCACAACUGGUUCUGAUGGUGCAUUAACCACCACUACGUCUGUGAUCCCACCACCAUAUACCACUUUCACUACAACGUUUACUACGACCGAUGCCAGUGGUAACCCAGAAACUGAAUCGGGUGUUGUGAUUGUCACUACCGAUGAGAAUGGCUCUUUGACUACCACAACCUCUGUGAUUCCUCCACCAUACACCACUUUUACUACGACAUUCACAACUACUGAUGCCAGUGGUAACCCUGAAACUGAAAGUGGCGUUGUGGUUGUCACGACUGGUUCUGAUGGAGCUUUGACUACUACAACUUCUUUGAUCCCACCACCAUACACCACCUUCACGACAACCUUUACCACUAGUGACGCUAGCGGAAACCCCGAGACUGAAUCGGGUGUCGUGGUUGUUACCACGGAUGAAAACGGAUCUUUGACCACGACUACUUCAGUUAUUCCUCAGCCUUUUACUACUUUCACCACCACCUUCACUACGGCUGAUGCCAGUGGAAACCCAGAGACCGAGUCAGGUGUUGUUAUUGUGACUACCGGUACUGAUGGAGCCUUGACUACAACCACUUCAAUCAUUCCUCCACCAUAUACCACGUUCACUACCACUUUCACGACUACCGAUGCAAGUGGAAACCCUGAGACUGAAAGCGGCGUGGUCAUUGUGACUACCGAUUCCGAGGGUGCUUUGACUACAACAACGUCUAUCAUUCCUCAGCCAUUCACUACUUUCACUACGACUUUCACUACCACCAAUAGUGACGGAAACCCAGAAACGGAUUCUGGUGUCGUCAUUGUGACAACUGACGAGAACGGCUCAUUGACUACCACGACUUCGAUCAUUCCUCAGCCAUUCACCACUUUCACUUCUACGUGGACUACGGAGGAUGCUGAUGGUAAUCCAGAGACUGCUUCAGGCGUGAUCAUCGUCACUACCGACUCAGACGGUGCUUUGUCCACCACCACUUCUACCAUCCCUCCUCCAUACACCACCUUCACCACCACAUGGACAACAGAUGAUGCCGAUGGAAACGAAGUGACUGAGUCAGGUGUUGUUGUGGUUACCACUGAUUCCGACGGUGCUCUUUCGACAACCACCUCCACCAUUCCUGCUCCUUACACCACUUUCACCACCACCUUCACUACGACCGAUGCUAGUGGUAACCCGGAGACUGAAUCUGGUGUCGUGGUUGUUACAACCGACGAGAAUGGCUCUUUGACCACAACUACCUCGAUCAUUCCUCCUCCAUACACCACUUUCACUACUACUUUCACUACCACUGAUGCUAGUGGAAACCCUGAAACCGAAAGCGGUGUGGUUGUUGUUACUACCGAUGAGAAUGGAUCAUUGACCACUAGCACUUCCAUUAUUCCUGAGCCAUUUACUACUUUCACUACCACCUGGACUACGGAUGAUGGAAAUGGAUCCCCAGUAACUGAGUCUGGUGUUGUCAUUGUAACCACCAAUUCGGACGGUUCUCUCGCAACUACAACUUCCACAAUUGAGCCACCUUACACCACCUUCACCACGACAUUUACUACCACUGAUGCUGAUGGUAACCCUGUGACUGAAUCUGGUGUUGUCGUUGUCACUACAGAUGAAAAUGGUUCGUUGACUACCUCUACCUCGGUUAUUCCAGAGGCUUUCACCACGUUCACCACAACCUGGACAACAACUGACUCCAACGGAGAUGAGGAAACUGAUUCCGGUGUUGUGAUUGUGACGACUGAUGCCGAUGGUGCUUUGACCACAACGACUUCUGUUAUUUCGGCCGAGGCUUCCAGCUCUGAAAUUCCAGGCUACACCACCUUCACCACUACUUUCACAACCACUGAUGCCAGCGGCAACCCAGAGACUGACACUGGGGUGGUUAUUGUGACUACAGACUCGGACGGUGCUUUGUCAACCACCACUUCUGUGAUCUCACCACCAUACACCACUUUCACCACGACCUGGACUACUACUGACGCAAACGGUGACCCUGUGACCGACUCUGGUGUUGUGAUAGUGACUGAAGAUGACAAUGGAUCUUUGACUACUACAACUUCCACUUUGGCUGCAGCAGAGACAACUUUCACCACUACAUGGACUACCACCGACUCCGAUGGAAACCCUACUACUGAAUCUGGUGUGGUGAUCGUUGAUACUGACUCCGCUGGUGUCUUGUCCACCACCACUUCCCAGUAUGCUGACGCUGCCACCUCUGGUGCUCCAUUGACCACUUUCACCACUACCUGGACCACCACCGAUGCUGAUGGAAACCCAGUUACCGAGUCUGGCGUUGUCAUCGUUACCACCGAUUCCGAUGGUGCUUUGACUACUACAACUUCUGAGUUCCCAGAGUCCGGCCCAACUGAAUUCACUACUACUUGGACUACUACCGACUCCAACGGUAACCCAGUUACCGAGUCUGGCGUUGUAAUUGUCACUACUGAUUCCGCAGGUUCGUUGACAACCACUACUUCCGAAUUCCCUGAGUCCGUCCCAACCGAGUUCACUACUACUUGGACCACAACGGAUGCUGACGGUAAUCCAGUGACUGAAUCCGGUGUUGUCAUCGUUACUACUGAUUCCGAUGGAUCCUUGGCCACAACCACCUCCCAGUACCCUGACGUUACUGACUACACCACCACCUGGACCACCACCGAUGCUAAUGGUAACCCAGUCACCGAAUCUGGAGUCGUGAUUGUUACCACUGAUUCUGACGGUGCUUUCACCACUACCACUUCUCAGUUCCCUGAUUCAGGUGCAACUCAGGUCACCACUACUUGGACUACUACUGAUGCUAACGGCAAUCCAGCUACCGAAUCAGGUGUUGUGAUCGUUACUACCGAUGCUGAUGGUGCUUUGACAACUACAACAUCUCAGUUCCCUGACGCCGCCGAGUCUGAGUACACCACUACAUGGACAACCACUGAUUCAAACGGUAACCCAACAACCGAGUCUGGUGUGGUUAUCGUCACAACCGAUUCUAACGGCGCUUUGACGACUUCCACAUCCCAAUUCCCAGGUGUCGCAGAGACAGAAUAUACCACGACAUGGACCACUACUGACAGCAAUGGUAAUCCAGUUACCGAAUCCGGUGUUGUGAUCGUCACUACUGAUUCCGAUGGUGCUUUGACUACCACUACCUCAGAGUUCCCAGAGUCUGGUCCAACUGAGUUUACCACUACUUGGACCACUACGGAUGCUAACGGAAACCCUGUCACCGAGUCCGGUGUUGUAAUUGUCACCACCGACUCUGAUGGUUCCUUGACUACUACUACCUCAGAGUUCCCAGAAUCUGGCCCAACUGAAUUCACUACUACUUGGACUACUACCGACUCCAACGGUAACCCAGUUACUGAAUCCGGUGUUGUCAUCGUCACCACUGAUUCUGAUGGUGCAUUGACUACUACAACCUCUCAGUUCCCAGACUCCGGUGCAACUGAAGUUACUACCACUUGGACUACUACUGAUGCUAACGGAAAUCCUGUCACUGAAUCUGGUGUUGUGAUCGUCACCACUGAUUCUGAUGGUGCUUUGACUACCACUACUUCCGAAUUCCCUGAGUCUGGUCCAACCGAGUUUACUACUACCUGGACCACCACUGACUCUAACGGAAACCCAGUUACUGAAUCCGGUGUUGUCAUCGUUACCACCGAUUCCGAUGGUGCAUUGACUACUACAACCUCUCAGUUCCCAGACUCCGGUGCAACUGAGGUUACUACCACUUGGACUACUACUGAUGCUAACGGAAAUCCUGUCACUGAAUCUGGUGUUGUGAUCGUCACCACUGAUUCUGAUGGAUCCUUGACAACCACGACUUCUCAGUUCCCAGCCCUUACGGAUUUCACCACGACAUGGACUACCACUGACUCUAACGGCAACCCUGUGACUGAAUCAGGUGUGGUUAUUGUUACAACUGAUUCUGAUGGUGCCUUCACUACCACCACCUCUCAGUUCCCAGGUGCUGGAGUUACAGAUGUCACCACGACAUGGACCACCACAGAUGCCAACGGAAACCCUGUUACCGAGUCCGGCGUCGUUAUCGUCACCACUGAUUCUGAGGGUUCUUUGACCACUACCACCUCCCAAUUCCCUGGUGCUGAGGAUUCUGAGUACACUACAACUUGGACUACUACCGAUGCCAAUGGCAACCCUGUUACCGAGUCUGGUGUUGUGAUUGUGACCACUGAUCCUAAUGGUUCAUUGACUACAACCACUUCUCAAUUCCCUGCUGGUGCAACAGACUACACUACCACCUGGACCACCACAGAUGCAAACGGCAACCCUGCUACUGAAUCUGGAGUCGUUAUCGUCACGACUGAUGCUGAUGGGUCAUUGACCACCACCACUUCCCAGUUCCCAGACUCUGGAGUGUCCGAUUACACUACCACAUGGACCACUACUGACUCCAACGGUAAUCCUGUUACAGAAUCUGGCGUGGUUAUUGUUACUACCGAUUCCGACGGUGCCUUGACCACCACAACCUCGCAGUUCCCUGGUGCUGGUGCUGAAGAUUCUGAUUACACUACCACCUGGACUACUACAGACUCAAACGGCAACCCAGUCACUGAGUCUGGUGUCGUCAUUGUGACAACUGAUGCUGAUGGUGCCGUGACUACCUCUACUUCGUUGUUCCCUGGCGAAGGUGAAACCGAGUACACAACAACCUGGACUUCCACCGACGCCAACGGUAACCCUGUCACUGAAUCGGGCGUUGUUAUCGUCACCACUGACUCAGAGGGCUCCUUGACAACAACCACAUCGCAAUUCGGCCAACCUGGUCAAACUGAUGUCACCACUACCUGGACGACUACUGAUGCCAAUGGUAACGUGGAGACCGAUUCUGGUGUUGUUAUCGUGACCACCGACUCUGACGGAGCUUUGACUACUACAACCUCCAAGUUCCCAGGUGCUGGUGAGACCGAAUUCACUACAACGUGGACCACCACUGACUCCAACGGAGACCCAGUUACUGAGUCUGGCGUUGUCAUCGUUACCACUGAUUCUAACGGUUUCUUGACCACCACCACUUCAGAGUUUGGCCAAGACGGUGAGACAGAGUACACUACCACUUGGACUACCACCGAUGCCAAUGGCAACCCUGCCACUGAAUCCGGUGUCGUGAUUGUCACCACUGACUCCAACGGUGAUUUGACAACCACCACCUCCGGCUUUGGCGGUCCAACUGACUACACCACUACUUGGACCACUACGGAUGCUGACGGAAACCCUGCUACUGAGUCUGGUGUCGUGAUCGUCACCACCGAUUCCGAAGGUUCGCUCACCACUACCACUUCUGAGUUCCCUAACUCCAUUGCUCCUACUUCGUACGUCAGCACUUGGACUACGGACUCCGACGGCAGCCCCGUGACCGAAUCUGGAGUAGUUAUUGUCACUACUGACUCUGACGGCCAGUUGACGACUACCACAUCUGCCUUCCCUGAAGGUACUCCAGACUUGACCAGUUUCCCAACCACCUGGACUACUACCGAUGAUAAUGGUGACGUUGUUACCGACUCCGGCGUGGUUAUUGUCACCACUGACUCAGAGGGCGAGUUGACCUCGUUCACCUCAGAAUACCCUGCUGAGACCCCAGCCUUGACGAGCUACCCAACCACCUGGACUUCUACCGGCUCUGACGGCAGUGUCACCACUGAAUCCGGUGUUGCUGUUGUGACAACCGACUCUGAGGGCUCCUUGACAACUUCGACGUCUGCUUAUGAUAACGCUCCAUCCAGCGAGUACACCACUGCAGUUGUCACCACCGAUGUCAACGGAGAAACCAUCACCAAGACCGUUGUUGUAUGCGAGACUACCGACUCCAACGGUGAGUUGACCACAUCCACUUCUGAUUACGUCACCGACGCCUCUCCAUCCAGUGAGACCACCACAGUUGUUACAACUGACGUCAACGGCGAGACUAUCAGCAAGACGGUUGUUGUCUGUGAAACCACCAACUCUAACGGUGAGUUGACCACAGUCACCUCUGUUCCACCAGUGACCACCACUUUCGUUUCCACCGAUGAGGAUGGAGCUGAAUCCACCGUGACUGCUGCCAUCCACGAGAGCACCGUCCACGGUACCGUGACUUACUACACCUCCAUCUGUCCUGAGUCUUCUGCUCCAGGUGUGACUGAGGCUCCAGUUGUCACCGAUGCUCCAGGUAAGUCUACUAUUGCAGGCGAGUCUGUAUCUACUGAAGCCACUGAGGCCGCUCCAUCAGAGACUGCUGAAGGUACCACUGCUCCAGUGGAGACUGCCGUUGGUGGUACUACUGCCGCCGAGAUUCCUGCUGACACUCCUGUCCAAACACCUGCUGCUGUUACCUCCAAGGCCGGCUCUACUACUGUUGCUGGAGAUGCCACUGAGCCUACUACUGCUUCGCCAGAGGCACAGGGUCCAGCUCCAGAGGGCACUGCCGUCACCGAGUCUAACGCUGCCGGUGUCACUGAGGGUGUUGCAUCUUCCAAGACAUCGGGUGGCUACAACACUCUCGAGUCUAUCUACACUUCUUUCAGCAGCAGUGAGCCAGAGGCUACUGUGUCUGCUUACGAGGCUGCUGCCUCCGUUCCAAGGGUGAGCCUCAAAUGGUUGCUCCCACUUGCAUUUUUCGCUAUCGCUUAG